AUGAGUCCUGAAAUACCCACCAAUCAAAACAUCAGUGAAAGUGAAAUCGGUGAUUAUAGCACGGGCCAAGGAUCUCCUUUGCCUGGGGAAACUGCCAGCCCCAAAAGUUAUUCUCAACAGAGCCCAUCUUUGCCAGCUUCUGGAUUAACAGAAUUUAAUGUUGUGAGUCCUAAGAGCUGUCAUAUUCCCCCAGUAAAAACCCAGGAGAUGUCUGCUCUCACUGACUCUACGCUUAGCACUUUCCCCCCUCAGAAGCAGUAUGUUGGCGUGCGGGUGAAAAUGCCAGUGCGGGAGCUGCUGAGAAAAGUCCGGCUUUCCAAAGGGAUGGCCCCCAGUGACAUAAAGGAAGCACAAUCAAUAAAGGCAACUACAACUAAAGGAUCUUCUGGAACAACAGCAAGAAGAAAAGCUCGCCCUUAUACAGAAAACCCGUUCAGACAGAAAAAGCAAAGUUCUGAGAAAGCACUAAAAGGCUUGGAGGACCUUGAUAUCCUGGUUGAGGUACUGGAGGAAGACCUGAACAAGAGCCACGCUAAGCUAGAGUCUCUGAGCCCUCUGCCAGCUUGCUGCUGGCACAGCUUUUCCCCUGAUAUCCAGGCCUCUUGGUGGGAAGCUAACGGCAGCAAACAACCAGCUGGCAGCCUGCUGGAAAGGAGCCAGAACCUGACCAAAUUACAGCUGUGUUGCCCAUUUGCUGAUUGCAACCCACUACUGUGUGGACAGGAGGAGAAUUCUUAUUUAUCCGAUUAUAAAAAAAUGCAACACCCGGACUCCCUGGAAAUAUCAUUUCUGAGUAAAAGCGAGGAACGGAACAGCUGGCAGAUGCAGGAUGCUUUUAUCAAUCCCCAGAGGCAUUUCCCAGGGCCUUCUGCACAGGACAAACCUUUCUGCUAUAAUCCACCAGGACAGCAUCCAGAGGAGUUCUUGGAAGUUGAUGCAACCUCCCGGGACUAUGUGGGACAUUUGAAGUCAACCUCUGUUUCUUUCGAACAGCAGGACCUUUCUGCCCUCUCUUUCUUCCAGUUCCAACUAUACUGGGAGGAGAGUCUCUUGAGAAAUAUCCCAGUGGACAAGUUGCUUGCACCUGAUGAAAACGGGAACAGGCUCCUGCACAAGGCUGUCACUCAAGGAAGGAGAGCACUGGCGUAUGCACUUGCACAGAGAUUUGCAUCUCUAAACAAAAUUGAUGAGAAGGAUGCAGCAAAACGGACAGCAUUACAUCUAGCUGCUGAAAAGAACCAGCACCUGAUGGUCAAUGAUUUGAUUUCUCUGGGAGCCAAUGUCAAUGAACAGGACAGUUUAGGGAAAACACCACUCCAUCUGUGUGCAGAGAACGGGUACUUAAGAGUUUUGGAUGUUCUGAAAAAAUGUAAAGAAGGCGGCAUGCAUGUGGAAGUGGAUCUAACUGACCAUUAUGGUUUAACACCAUUACACUGUGCAGUUCUUGCUCACACUGCAUUAGUGAGGGAGUCUCAAAAAGUCAUCAACCACAGUGACAUGCGGAAGUUUCUGCAACUGCGCAAAGAUAAAAUUCUUGAGGGAAUUAAUUGUUUAUUACAAAUGGGAGCAAACCCUGGGCUGCAGAAACCAAAAUCGUGUCAAACUGCAACUCACUUUCUAAAAAUCCAGGAAAAUAAGGAGAUGAUGUGUUUCGUCCAAUCUCAUGGCCCCAAAAGGGAGGACUUUCUUCAGGAGGACUGUGGCUUACUGAACGUACUGAGUGGCGGGACCCUUCCAUAUUUACAAGAAAUGUCUGAGCUUCUUUCCUCUUCAUCUUCAAAUGUCUUUGGCCAUGUCCUUAAAGAAAAGCACGCCAGUGAAGUGGUGCAUUUAGAACUGUCCUUAAUGACGGAAGAAAUAAACAUGAUCUGCUACUUUUAUGAAUCAGCCAAAGAUAAGGAAAAGGAAGAAUGUAAAGAAAAUUGGGGGUCAUUGGUUGAUGAUGGUAUGAAGGGCGUCUUACAUCUAUUGAAAGAUAACAUGGAGUACAAGUUUUCAGGGCUGGAGCUGAAACAAGCUGCCAGAUUAUUACAACUGAGAGAGAAGCAGAUUUUGGAAAUAACCAAAUGCCUGAAAAACCACUCUUUGGACACGUCUGUGGAUGAAGCUGGCUUCACAGCCAAUGAUCUACAGGAAUUCAGAAAGCAGAAAAUAAGGGGACUGAAAGAACAGCUCAAAAUCUUCAUGGGCGAUAAAAGAACUAAGGAGAAUACUUCAAGCAAUCCUGAUCCACUACAGAUCAAAAAAUCUACAUUGGAAAGAGAAGAUAAAAUAAGUAAAGGGAAUGAUAUCUGGGAGAUUUUCCAAGCAAAGCAGCUGCAGCUGGAAGAAUCUCACCAAUGCCAAAUAUCAGAUGAAAGAGUGAAUCUGCAGUAUCAGCUGGAUCAUGGAGAGCUGAGGAGCUGGUUGAAGAAUAAAAUGAUGAAAGAACACAAUGAAACUGUGGCCUUCCUGCAAAAGGCUUUUCACCAAGACCUGGAGAAACUGAGAAGGAGGCUAGAGCCGGCAGAGAAGAAAAAAGAGAAACAGCAAGAAAACAGCCCUGCGUCAUCUGCAGCUGCAUCCUCAUCAGCCAAAGAGAAACCCAGCCAGGCAGAAGACCAGGUUCUAUCUCUCUUGGCAGAGAGGAAGAUCCAGUCAUUUGUUUAUUCAUUCGUCAAUUGCAGGCAAUAG